CUAGGCUAUAAAUACCAUAUGUUUCUCAUGUAUAGCUAAGUCUUUGGUUGAUAUAUUUUCUUCCAAAGGUGAGUUACUUUUGUGAGGUCUGCUGUGCUGGGAAUCCAAAUCUACAACACACCAGAUAUAAAGACAGUGAUUUCAUAGUUUGGUUGUCUUUCACCAAUUGACUGAAGAACACAAGCUCUUGUGAACACACAGAACAGGCGACAAAUCCUUCAAGAUGGGAAACCAUCAUGUGACAUUUCAGAAUGAGACACCAUAUACUUUCUCAUACAGUGUUGUCUUUCAAAUAAAUGCUGGGGAUAUAAAGGCGAGUGGACAGUUGGCUCCUGGUCAAUCAGCUCGAUUAAAUUAUCUCGAUCCCAGCAUUGUAUAUCUAAAGUAUGGAUUCCAUUCACAAGAAACAGUUCGUUAUAAUCCAGAUUUAUUUCGUCAUUACAAUCCUAUUGAUGAACCUACAUUCUUCAUAAGAGUACGCGGCCAUGACCAGUCUACUUUUGAGCUUUCUUGUGAUCGAGGUGGUGAUUCCCCUACGUGCCCUAACUAUGGAAAAAUGGAAGAAGACCAAAUUCGAAUGGAAAACGAAAGAAAGCACAGGGAGGAAGAGGAAGCAAGGAGACAGCUUGAAGAGGAGAGGAAGAAUCAAGAGAAAUUAGAGCGAGAGAAACAGAUUCAGGAAGAAAUUGAAAAAGAACAAAAGUCGCUUGAAGGAAAACUGUCCAAAUCUAAUGAAAAACGUGAAGCAAAGAGAAAUCAAGAAGCGCAGUUUCAUAGUUACUCACACAUCUUGAAGUAUGUUGUGGAAGAUGAUGCCUUGGCCAUUCAAACUAAUGAGAUUAAAGACAUUGAAGAAAAGUUCAAUAAACUUUUGAAUGAUCACAACAUACAGGAGAAUGUGAUAAUGCAAUCAAAAAACAUUGCAGGGAGAAUCAUGGCCCUACAACAACAAGUGGUUGUUGAAUACUCCAGGAAAAAACAAAUACCAAUGUAUUGUCUGGAGAAUUUAGAUGACAUUUUUAAUUAUGAGAAUCUGUCUCUAACAGAAAAUCUAAACCUUCUUGAUUCAUUAAUUAAUGUUUCACUCAUCAGAACCACAGAUAAUGAUCUCUCAGUGACCCAAAAUAGGAGCAACAUGGAAGAAAAAACUCAGUACCUAUUAUGCAUAAUGGACAAGCUUUGCAAAGACAGCAAGACCAUAGCUAGAAAUGUAAUGAAGAAUAUUGUACACAAUUUCUCACCUUUUAGUCAGGAACUCAUCAGUCAAAUUAUAUUUAAUGAAAUCUGGACCCCAGUUCAGGCUUUUGAAUUUUAUCUUGAAGCAUGUGGAAAAAACACACCUCAAGACAAAGUGGAGCAGAUCCUGCAUGCAGUACAAACUUACCAGAUUCCCCAUAAUGAAGCAACCUCUGCCCUUCAAGAAAAUGAUCCUACAACAUAUCUGAAAAAACAAAUUAUAGAGGAGGACAAAAAUUUGAAUUCAAUUAUACAGGAGAUGAGGUCUCUUGGGCAUCCUGAAAAUCUCUUAAGUAUUGUUGAAGCUGUUUUGAAGAAAGUUGUUGAAAUAAUCCCUAAUUAUCACAUCCAAGAUCUAGAUGAAAGCAUGAAAAAUGAAGGAAUCCAAGAGCUACGAAAUCUUGACUUGGGAGACCCUAAUAUUGAGAGCUUAGUGAAAAUUUUGAUUGGCUUGUCAUUUGCUGUUGAAGAUACAACAAGUUUAAGUAGUGGUGGAAAAGGCUACAUUCCACGUACCACUCAGCUUGCUUCUCUGCUAACUCUACUCUUGUCCAAGACCUCAGACAGUGAAAGCUGCCUCCUGGAGAUUGCCACAGGUGAAGGGAAAUCUUCUCUUGUAGCAAUGUUUGCCUUAAUACUGGCCAUUCGUGGAAAAACUGUAGAUAUUGUAACCAGCAAUCAAGUGUUGGCUCGUCGUGAUCAGGAAGAAUGGACUAAAUUGUUUGAAAUGUUUGAUGUCACUUGUAGUGUAAUUCCUCCUAAAGGCUUAGAUGAAUGUUCAAAUUCCAUGGAAAGGGAUGAACUAGUUAAAAAAGCUUAUAGAUCAAAUGUCGUUUAUGGAACAGUGGAUGCAUUUGCAGCUGACAUCCUGAGACAGGAAUUUGAAAAAAAAACAACUAGAGAGAAUCGUAAGUUUGACAUUGUACUUGUGGAUGAGGUGGAUUACAUGACUCUAGAUAAUGGGGUUCAGAUCACUUACCUUUCUCAUGAAGCUACUGGUAUGCGACACUUAGACCAGUUACUUAGUGCAGUAUGGGCGCGAGUUUGUUUCUGCCAAAGAAUUCAAGAGGGAGAGACAGAUAACAUCUUAUGGACAACUGGAAUACAAUAUUUUCAUAAACUAACAGUAGAUGCUGUACUGGGGCAAGAAGGAUCUAAAUGUUUCAAUCCUAAUGAAAUUCUAGCAUGUGCUGUACAAGAGGGAUUUCUUGGGGAAGAGGACCUGCAGAUAAUAAAUGAAGAAGCAGCCAAGUCAUCAGCAUCUGACUCUGAAGCCCUGGAAAACAAUCCAAUUGGAAAGUUGAUUGGAAAACUUGAACCAUCUCAUCAAAAAGUUCUGUUGACAAUAUUUGCAAAAGGCUUGAAUGAUUUUGUGAAAUUUAAAUUUUAUGAGUUGGAAAAUGGAAAAGCAUGCUUCACAGGAUCUAGCUGUGAUUCAGAUGCUAGUCACACCAUCUCUAUACUGCUUCUGGAAGGAGGAAAAGCAUGUUUGUUAGUGACUGAAAAAGAUCUAAUAGAUACAACAGAGGAGGACAUUUCUUCAAAAAUAAAAUAUUCUGACACUUACAAACCGGAUGAGGCUGACAAGGAGGAAUGUUUUAUAAUUCUCCCAGGACAUCUGAAAGAAUUCACACAAAAUAGAUUCAAAGUAUUUGUGGAAAAUGCUCUUAGAGCCUUAUUGAUGGAAAAAGGAAGACAGUAUGAGAUUGAUUCCAGAGAUACGUCUGACUCACAUGAAAGUGACUGCAUUAUUCCUAUUGAUUUCAAAUCAACAGGAAUUCUAGAAAAGAACAAACGCUGGGGAGAUGGACUACAACAAUUCCUUGAGUUAAAGCAUCAACUGGCUAUGACGCCAUUGUCUAAUGUAACCAAUUUCAUGUCUAACUUUCACUUCUUUCAACGGUAUGCUAAUAACUCUGGAGUAUAUGGGGUUUCAGGUACCCUGGGAGAUGCAAGUGACUGGGUAUUUCUAAAGAAACAUUUUAAAACCAGUUGUUAUACCAUGCCCACACAUAGAUUGACCAAGAAAGUGGAAGUACCAGCUAUACAAGUUGAAGGGGGUAAAGAGGCAUGGAUCACAGAGAUAUGUGAGCAUGUGAAGAAAAGAACAAGCCCCAAGGAAUGGGUCAGUGGUCAAGCUGUUUUGGUUAUUUGUGAAGAUGUCAAAACAGCAGAAGAACUCAAGAUAAAAUUGAUAGAACUAAAUGCAAUUUCCAGCCCUGAAAAAAUUACUCUUUAUACCAGAAAUGAUAAACAUAAUGUAGAGAAAAGAGUGUUUGAAUCAGGAGAUGUGGUUUUGGCAACAAACUUGGGUGGUAGAGGAACAGACAUUAAAGUUACAAAGGAGGUAAACCUUAGUGGGGGUUUAUGUGUUAUUCUUACUCAUUUCCCUGCAAACAGGAGGGUUGAGAAACAGAUUUUUGGACGGACAUCACGUAAAGGAAACCCUGGAAUGGUUCAGAUGAUAUUAAAUCAAGAAGAUCUGGCUCACUCAUACCAAGGUCAACCAGUAGAAAUAAUGAGGGAAAGGAGAGAGAAGUAUGAGGAGAGCCGUAUCCUAGAAAUGGAAAAUGAUGAGCUUUUGGAAGUAAAUAUGCGUUAUGAACUUUUUACCCACUUUUGUCAAUUCCUUGAUGAGUUCGAGAAAAACUAUUCUACACUCGAGAAAUCUAAUAUUUUCACCAUUAAGGAUUUGAGUAUCUAUAUGUCUGCUUUGUCUAUCACUGAUAAAUUAGAUUAUCAACCAGCCUUAAAUGCUCUAAAAGAAUCCUGGGCAACAUGGCUAACACUGCAUGAUGAAGACAUAAACAAUCACAAAAAUAUAAUGGAAAUGAAAAAUGACCUGAGCAACCUCUUGAAUACUAGAUCUGGAAAACUUCUUCAGGGCACUUCUACCAAUUUUUAUGACUUCAUUAAAGUGGCCAUGGAUCGAACAUUUUUACAUAUGAAGGAUCAUGGAAAUGAACAUGGGGCCUUACUUUUCUGGAAUAAAGCACAAAGUACAGAUCCAGUAUACAGUGCAAUUUCACUUUACAAUCGUGCUUUUAUAACUAUCAAUCUUGAAAAAGACAACUAUAAGCAGGAAGCCAUUAACCUACUGACCGAAGCAAGGAAAACCUUAGAAACUUAUAUCUUAGAAGCAUCUAACAUUAAUUCAUUUGUUAGCCUGACUCAUGGCACAAAGUUUGAGCCACACUAUAAAGACACCAAUUUUACUUUGCAGAUUCAAACACGGAUGAGUUUACUGAAAGCGUGGGUUAAUUAUAUUGAAAAUUCCUUAAAGAUGUUGCAAGACCUCCAAGAUAAAAAUGAAGAUGCAAUAACAGAAGAGAAAAAUGUCUACAGUCUCUCGGAAAACUAUGGCACUGUGGUUGUUGAUGAGCUAUCCCUUCUCUAUGAUUAUGGGCUGUCAUUUGUCUUUGAAGUGAAGAAGAAACCAAAGUUCUGCAUUGAUGCUUUGAUAUGUUUUAUACUGGGUGCCUUACAAGUCCUGGCUGGGAUUGUGGUAUGGGUUGUGUCAUGUGGAGCAGCAACUCAAUUUGCUAUGGGCUUAAUCUCAGAAGGAAUAAGUGAUAUGAUUGCUGGAGUAGAAGGUAUGAUAAAGGGGACUUUUGAUUGGGCACAAUGGGCAAUCUCAAAAGCCAUUAGUAUUGCUUUGUCUUUGGUUACCGCUGGAUUCAGUCUUCUGCAGAAAGCAGGAAAGGCUGUAUUAACGGUUGCAAAAGAUCUUAUACAAGGAACAAAAACUCUCUCAACUGUAGCAA